ACUUUUUCAACUGGAAAUUUUAUGCAAUCAAGUUCUGACCCAUGUUUAAGGAUAAAAUAUAUACCAGAUUGCAAAUACUUAGUAAUGAGAAAAAUAAUUAAAAGAAAACUUUUAAAUAUUUAGUUUUUUAAUACCGAACACAUAUGAAACGAUAAUAUUUGGAUAAACUGGGCUAAAUAAAAGACAUUAUUAAAGUUAAAUCAAUUAAUUUUACCCAGAUGAUCAUGCCCCAAAUCUAGGAAUUUCUAUUGAUACAUCCCUUUCCCUCACUCUCCACGUUUGAUUCAUUAGCAAGAGAGGGUACCUCUAAUUAUAAAAUAAAUAUACUUUGAAUCCAUCUGCUUUCUCUAUCUCUACUACUUCUAUCGUAGUCCUUGCAACUCUACUCCUUAAGUCUUUGAUGGCUUCCAUGGCAACCUAUCAAGGCUGCAGACUUCAUCUCCUACCAUUCCUUCCUUUGCUCACUAGAUUUCAGCCACAUUGGCCCUCCUUGCUAUUUCUUUUUCUUUCUGUUUUUUUGAGACAGAGUCUCACUUUUUGGCCCUUGGUAGAGUGCCGUGGCAUCACACAGCUCACAGCAACCUCCAACUCCUGGGCUUACACAAUUCUCUUGCCUCAGCCUCCCAAUAGCUGGGACUACAGGCGCCCGCCACAACACCCAGCUAUUUUUUGUUGCAGUUGUCAUUGCUGCUUAGCUGGCCAGGGCUGGGUUCGAACCCGCCAGCUUUGGUAUAUGUGGGUGGCGCCAUAACCACUGUGCUACAGGCGCUGAGCCUUUCCUUGCUAUUUCUUUUUUUUUGUAGAGACAGAGUCUCACUUUAUGGCCCUCGGUACAGUGCCGUGGCCUCACACAGCUCACAGCAACCUCCAACUCCUGGGCUUAAGCGAUUCUCUUGCCUCAGCCUCCUGAGUAGCUGGGACUACAGGCGCCCGCCACAAUGCCCGGCUAUUUUUUGGUUGCAGUUUGGCCGGGGCCGGGUUUGAACCCGCCACCCUCGGUAUAUGGAGCUGGCGCCUUACCGACUGAGCCACAGGCGCCGCCCUUCCUUGCUAUUUCUUAACACAACAAACUCCUCAUCUGCUAUUUCCUUUGGUUUUACAUACUUCCCUUAACUCCUUUGCAGACUUAGUUCAAAGAAUACCACCUAAACUUUGCUCACUCUCCCUCAGAGAAACUUUAUCCAACCACUUUUUUUUUGAGACAAAGUCAGUACCUACUGAGCUACGAGUGCCACCCACAUCCAACCACCCUUUACUUUCCUUCAUGAACUUAGUAUGGGAUAUUGCCCUUCUUCUGUCCUUAGUCUGUUCCACUCUAGAAACAAGAGCAAGAAUUCUAGUUUGUUCUGCUGCCACCAAGUCACAGCAUGGGUGCUCUUUCAACAGGUGUUGCAUGAACAAACAUCUAAUUGCUGACUACAUCUAUCUGCUUGGUUGGCCACUGGCUCUUCAAAUUCUACAUAAUUGGUCUCUCACCUUUUUUCCUUCACAAGAAAUCCACUUUUAACUCUUUGGUGUGCUCUAAACUUUGUUUUUUGAGAUAGGAGUCUCACUUUGUUGCCCUUGGUAGAGUGCUAUGGCAUGAUAGCUCUUGGCAACCUCAAACUCUUGAGCUCAAGAGUUUCUCUUGGCUCAGCCUCCUGAGUAGCAGGGACUACAGGAGUCCACAACACCCAGCUAUAUUGCUUUUGCUCAGACUGGUCUCAUAAUCUUGAGCUCAAGUAAUCCACCUGCUUUGGCCUCCCAGAGUGCUAGGAUAACAGGUGUGAGCCACCGUGCCUGGCUCUUUGUUCUUAAAAAAACUCCAAAAUACCCCCCAAACAAACAAAAAUUCUACAUCAUCCAAAGAGAACUUUCUUCCUUCCCUAAUGCAUAUCCUCCUCCCUUCUUUCGUUUUUUGAGACAGACUCUCAUUGUUGCCCUGGGUAGUGUGCAAGCACUUAGCUCACCUCAACCUCUGAGGCUCAAGUGAUCCUCCUAUAUCAGCCUUCUGGGUAGCUGUGACUACAGGCACCUACCCCAAUGCGGAGCUAGGUUUUUCUGUUUUCUUUUUUUUUUGGCCGGGGCUGAGUUCGAACCCGCCGCCUCUGGCAUAUGGGGCCGGCACCCUAACCGUUUGAGCCACAGGCACUGCCCGGUUUUUCUGUUUUCAAUACAGACUGGGUCUUGCUCUUGCUCAGGCUAGUCUCAAAACUCCUGGUCUCAAUCCUCCCCCAAGUGACUCCCAGUAUUAGGAUUAUAGGUGUUAGCUGCCAUGUCUGGCCUCCUCCUUUUUUUUUUCUUGCUUUUGAAACAGUCUGUGUCACCCCCGGUAGAGUGCUAUACUGUCACAGCUCACAGCAACCUCAAACUCCUGAGCUUAAGUGAUUCUCUUGCCUCAGCCUCCCGAGUAGCUGGGACUACAGGUGCCUGCCACAAUGCCCGGCUAUUUUGUAAAUUAAUUUUUUUGUUGUUGUUGCAGCUGUCAUUGUUGUUUAGCAAGCCUGGGCCGGGUUCAAAUGUGUCAGCCUCUGUGUAUGUGGACGGUGCCCUACCCACUGAGCUACGGGUGCCGCCCCUCUCCCUUGUUUCUAACAUAGGUGAAGACAUUUCCAUUCUCCAAAAUGCUCCACUAACACACUUGGGAGUCAUUCCAUUAUCUAGUGAAUCAAAUCUCCAAGCUGUUAAUAACCACAUUGGUCAUUUUUCUUCUCUAUUUGCCACUACCUCAGAGCAAGUCAUUAAUCUCUCACAGGCUGUUAUUUUCCUUGCUUUGGAUUUUUGUGUAAGUGAUCUAAAAUGCAAAUUCAAUCCUACAAUGCUUCUGGUUGAAAUCUUUAAUAGCUUUCUCUUGGAUCUCAAGAGCUGAUUUCUGCACAGGACAUUCAAGGUCUUCCUGAGUAGACUUGUAAAGCAGCACCUCAAGAUAUCCUUACCCAAUUUCCCUAGUGUUUGCCUCCUAACCUUUAUACUUACUGCUUCCUCUUUCUAGAAGGCCUUCCCCAAUUCCCUUAUUAAAGCUAAUUGCUUCUCAAGUCCCAUUCCAUUCCAUUCCUUUAGUAAGGGGUUCCUUCUUUAUGAGAUUCUGCAGUAUUCAGCAGUUUUCCCUCAUCAUUCUACUGAUGAUAACUAUUUACUUCUACAUUCUACAGCAUAAAACCAACUGGGGGUGAGUGGGUAAGGCUUCUAUAGCACUUCUUAGCUGAAUGUUUAUUCAAGUAAACAUGUUACAAAUAAAGGUGACAUCAAAAUUUCAUCAACUGAAAUAAAAAUAUUAAAUCAAAAGGUAACAGACCAUGGCUCCUAUGCCACUUUUUUUUUCUAUGUGACGCACAAUGUAAGUUGUACAAAGACUAUGAAUCUUUACUACAUCAUUACAAAAGGUAAGUGAAGAAAGAUUACUUAUGGCAGGCCACACAUAAUCAGUGGGCAAUGAGGAUUUCAUUUAAGUUUGUCACCUCUCCUGGAUCAAACUCUUAGUGCUGUCUUAGAUAUUCCCAAAUCUCAGAUUAGAAGAUACCAAAAGUUCAGUUAGUAGGUUAGGAAAGCUGGCUCUCCUGAUAAAAACUUCUCAGGGUAUCGCGUUCCUCACCAAAUCACAUGUAAAUUUAUAAGGCUUUUACUUUGGAAAUCACUAUUCCUAAAGUAAAAGCCUUAUGAAUUUUUGAGACAGAGCCUCAAGCUGUCGCCCUGGGUACAAGUACUGUCCCAUCACAGCUCACAGCAACCUCCAACUCCUGGGCUUAAGCGAUUCUCUUGCCUCAGCCUCCCAAGUAGCUGGGACUACAGGCGCCCGCCACAAUGCCUGGCUAUUUUUGGGUUGGAGUUGUCAUUGGCUGGAUUCAAACCCACCACCUCUAGUGUCUGUGGCAGGCGCUUAGCCUCUUGAGAUACAGGCGCCGAGCCGAAUUCUUUCUUAAUAAAGUGCAACACCACAAAAUCUUUUGACAUUCCAGCCACUGGUAAUAUCUCUACCUGGGGUGACAGAUAUCUAAGGGAAUUCAGUUACGAGGAUGUAUGAAGUAUGAGGCACCAUUAGAUGUUAAAAAAAAAAAAAAGCUACCUGAGUAUGUACAUCCUGGUUAUAAACCUACUCAGCUUAUGCUAAGUGGAGACGAAUUCUUACAGUUCUUUCCCUGCUACCUCUACAGGGUCUCCAGUUCCAGCCUGCCUAGUUGAAUCUAGGGUCACUUUAAGGUACAUCCUAACCCUCCCAGUUGCCCUUCCGUCUCCCAAGAUUCUCCCAGGCGGCCCAAUGGGCAAGCUUAAGUUCCAAAGAUUCCGCAGACUGUCUUUUAACCGUCAAGUCAGGGAGAUAACGAAGCGUAGCACUGGCAUAUUAGUUUCCAAACUCCUACCCACCGCAGAAAGAAGCGGGGAGGUUCCGCUACCGCCCCGCAGCUCCGCCGCGCACAUGGCGGGCUGUAGUUCCCAUCCCCGCUGCCGCGCAGGCGCCGGGCGAGCCGGGACUUGCGGUCGCAAAGAGUGGAUCAUUCCGCCGUCUUCUUUGUGUGGCUGAAGCACUAGAAUUGGCAUAUUUUCCUCCCUUCUUUUAAAAAGAAAAGUCAGACCCUCUCGCUCCUUUCUCCCGCCGGAAUGGGGUCGGAAAGUCGGUGGGAGUGGGCUCUAGGGACGACUGCAGAUGCGGAAAAUCCUAGGGCAAAGGGCCGACGAAGGCCGGGCCGAGGAGGGAUGCUGGGAGCUUUGACUCACUCGCACACCAUGUGUCCUUCCGCGCGCAGCACGGGGGACUUUUCGGUGGGGAUUUUGGGCGCCGACCAGACGCGGCAUUUUCGGAAAAUAGCGCCCUGUGCAGCUGAAGCGCUUUGUGUGUAGCGGGGCCGCGUCAGCCCGGCCGGGUACGAGGCACCUUGGGUCCUCGCACCACCUCCUGCUGCCUCCCCGUUGCCGCUCCCGAAGCUUUUCCAGGUCACAACAUAUUUGUGGAGGAAGAUGUCCCUGGUAGAUUUGGGAAAGAAGCUUUUAGAAGCGGCACGAGCAGGUCAAGAUGAUGAAGUUCGUAUUUUGAUGGCAAAUGGAGCUCCUUUUACUACAGACUGGCUGGGAACGUCUCCACUUCAUCUGGCAGCACAGUAUGGGCAUUAUUCCACCACAGAGGUACUACUCCGAGCUGGCGUAAGUAGAGAUGCCAGAACCAAAGUGGACCGGACACCACUGCACAUGGCAGCUUCUGAGGGCCAUGCCAGCAUAGUAGAGGUUUUGCUUAAGCAUGGUGCCGAUGUCAACGCAAAGGACAUGUUAAAGAUGACAGCUCUACACUGGGCCACAGAACACAAUCAUCAAGAGGUGGUGGAACUUUUAAUCAAAUAUGGUGCUGAUGUACACACGCAAAGUAAAUUUUGUAAAACUGCAUUUGAUAUCUCAAUAGACAACGGGAAUGAAGAUUUAGCAGAGAUAUUACAGAUUGCUAUGCAGAACCAAAUCAACACAAACCCGGAGAGUCCCGACACUGUGACGAUACACGCUGCAACACCACAGUUUAUCAUUGGACCUGGAGGGGUGGUGAACCUAACAGGUCUGGUAUCUUCAGAAAAUUCAUCCAAGGCAACAGACGAAACGGGCGUAUCGGCUGUUCAGUUUGGAAACUCUUCUACAUCAGUAUUAGCUACAUUAGCUGCCUUAGCUGAAGCAUCUGCACCAUUGUCCAAUUCUUCAGAAACUCCAGUAGUUGCCACGGAAGAAGUAGUUACUGCAGAAUCCGUGGAUGGUGCAAUUCAACAAGUAGUUAGUUCAGGAGGCCAACAAGUCAUCACUAUAGUUACAGAUGGAAUUCAGCUUGGAAACUUACACUCCAUUCCCACCAGUGGAAUAGGUCAGCCCAUCAUUGUGACCAUGCCAGAUGGACAACAAGUAUUAACAGUACCAGCAACAGACAUUGCUGAAGAAACUGUUAUAAGUGAAGAACCACCAGCUAAGAGACAAUGUAUCGAAAUAAUUGAAAACAGGGUGGAAUCUGCAGAAAUAGAAGAGAGAGAAGCUCUUCAGAAACAGCUGGAUGAAGCAAAUCGAGAAGCCCAAAAAUAUCGACAGCAGCUUCUAAAGAAAGAACAGGAAGCAGAGGCCUACAGGCAGAAAUUAGAAGCUAUGACGCGCCUUCAGACUAAUAAAGAAGCUGUUUGAUUGAAAUGAACAUAUAGCUUGAUUUUACUUUUGGUCAAGAAAGAAUACAAUCUUGAACUGUACACAAUAAAGGUACAGUCACGGAAUACAGGAUAAUAGAAGACUACAGAUUGAUGAUUGGACUUAAGCCAUGAGCUCUGAAUUCUUGUAACAUAAAACUUUAGAAGUUGUGAAAUGUAUUUAAAACUGAAUUCUGUAAAUAGUUCUUGGUUGUUUUUUUUUUUUUUUUUUAACAGUUCCAAAUGAGUUGAUAAAGAGAUCCAAAAACACAAAAGCCACUGUUUUUGUGAAUUCUUUUUUUAUUUUAGUACAAACCUUAAUUUCUCAGAAACAGAACAGUUUUAAGGGUGAUCGUUGUUGAUUAGACCAAAUGUUAUGUAAUAAUUAUGGUGGACUGAUGCUGGAAUUACUCCUGUAGGUAUAAACUUCUAUAUGAAGAGAUUUCUCCCAGGAAAUCUUUGUACAGCUUUAAGUUGUCUCAGAUUCUCUGAAAACUUUUUAGAAAGUGAAAUUUUUAUAUUUGUUCAAUUUCAGCUAUACGCAAGUAGAUUUACAUGUAUAUGAAGCAAAUAUUUUUUAAACUUUGUUUGUACAUAUUCUGCAUGUUUUAUAAUUUCAAAAUGCAUCACUUAAAUAGGUAUUUUUCCCACAAAGAUGAUGAAACUUACCAGGAAAAAAAAAACAAAAAAAAAACCUCUUACUAUUCUACAGGUCACUGAAACUAAACUAUCAGUUGGUUUUAUUGGAAUGACAAUGUUCUUGGAAGGAACAGCGUACAAGAUAACUUGAAUUUGCAAACUCUGCAAAACCUAUACUUUUUUGAAAAUUUCAUAGUGGGGACGUGAAACUGUAUUCUGUGCCUUCCAUCAUGAUUUCCACAUGAAAGCACUUUAAGGCACUGGAUUUUAAGAUAAUGUUUUUGGAAAACUCACUGCAUAUGGGUUUCUCAAAUAUUUCAUGGACUUGUUUCUCCCCCAGGAAAUUAUUCUUAUGGAAAAAAAUUGCUUUUGUAUGUAGAACAAGAACUUUUUGUACUACAGUGAUGCUAUAGAUAUGUCUAACAUAUCUUUUCCUUUUCCCUAUGAGAACUUGGUGUCUGUGCUGUGACUUGGCUCUCAUCACAAUAUUGUUGAAUUCCACAAUGUAUGAACUUUUUUUUUUUUGUAAAACAUAACUUCCACCCCUUUUUUCUUGCUUUAUUUUUUAAUGUUUUAUUGCUUUAUGGAAAUGUUUAACCCUAAAACUCCUCUAGAUUACUUAUACUGUAUAAAGAAGCAAUUACCCUUAAAACUGUACUCUGGUCUACUUUUCUAUUUUACAAUUAAAUAUCUUUUCCACAUA